GAGCGGCGGUGCGUGGCGGCUCGCGGUCCCCGUGCAAAUGCCCACGAAGCGGCCCCAGACUUCUCGGAACGCGGGCUCCCGAGCCGGGGUGCGCUCGGAGCUCCGGGCUUCGUCCUUCCCACGUGGCCGCCGAGCGCAUUUUCCGCUUCACAGCCAGCGAAUAGAACGGAACCAGCGCUCCGUGCACGGAGCCCCCCCGGGAGCACGGAGCCCCGCAGCCGGCAGCGCCCCCGGGAGCGGCGGCAGCAGCGGCAGCCCCGGGCCGGGACGGCGCCGCCACGCGGCUCUGAUGCGCCCGGAGAGCUCCGGGAGGCACAGGACGGCCGCGGGAAGUUGGGCUGCAGCGUGCGCCUUCCUUUCCCAACCGUUCCCUUUGUGGCUUUGGUUUUUGCAAGGGUGACGGUACUGAUGGACGCGUGUGAUGUUAAUUGAGGUUGCCAUGGGAGGCAUGCACGUAGCGUAGAUGUGCUUCCUUCUUGCCGCGUGAUUUGCCUUUUGUAUUCCUCCUCUUGUAUUCGGCGUGUUGCAUAUUGUCAGCUGGUGCAUUAAAGAUAAAAAUAUCGGCGGUCUCAGGGUGUGAUUUCCCGGGCUGCAAGUGUAAGUGCAUAAGGAGUGGUGGGGGAAGAUGGAGCCAACUGUAGGAGCAGGAAAUAUAUGCGUGUGUGAGUAAUGUAGAUUUGUCAUAAUAUGAGCAAUUAGAAAAAAUACAGCCACUUCUGCUGUGUGAAGUAAUGUUUUCUGUGUUGGAACAGCGCUAAGUUGGCAUAAUAGUGGCUUUAUUCUGCCUUUGGAUAUUAGUAUCCUGAGGUAGAACUGCUUUUCUGUCCCUUGUCUGCAUCCCAGGCUGAAAUACUCUGCUCAGAAUCACUUCUUAAUCCUUUAAUUUUUGCUCUUCCCUUCUUACCAGUUGUUCAUUGUGUUGCAGGUCAGAGAUGGGAGCAUCAAGCACACUCGGAGGCAAACCUCACCCAACCUGCGUCUGGAGCUGAUCAGAAUCCAAGGCACAGCAGCAGCUGAGCUGGCACUGGGGGGCAGAGCACCGCCACUCGCUGCCGCCACAUUGCUUCAAGCAAGUUCCUCGUUCCUCUUGAACUGUCCGUGGGGUGAAUAAAAGUUGUUAACUCUUGGCUUGAUUUGUCAUCCUUUGGGGGAAUAAAACCAAGGUCGGACUGUCCAUUCAGUGGUCUUACUGUUAGAGUGAGCACGACCUGAAGUGGGGUAUCCCGGAGGUGAGAGUGACUCUGGUUCUUCUUGUCUGCCUGGGACUCCUUGGAGAGGCGAUAAAGCGAGUAAGAAGAUGGAUGCAAUGGGAGUUAUAAAGCAGAUGCAAUAGCUUCAUCAGAGCAGUUCUGCACACUGUCACAUCUGCUUGUUAAAAAGCAGCUACUGUUGUUUUGAGGACAAUUUGGGGAAAAAGCCAUUCGAGCAUCUCUGCAGCUUUUAUGCAUUAAUCAAGGAAAAUCAAUACACAGACAAAGGAGAGGUGCAAAUAUGGCAAAGGCAGCUAAGGAAAUACAAAUGGAGAACCCAAGCGAGCUGGAGACUCCUAGUGCUCCAUGCCCCCCACUGGAAGAACAGGCAGAAAAACCCUCCAUGCUCUGUUUCAAGAAGCGGAAGAAGUCCUGUAAGAAGGGACUGACAAUUAAGGAUGCGUGUGAGGGAGCUUCUGCAGCCUCAGAGGAGAAAAGUCAAUGCCUCAGCACAGACCAAGGGGAGACAAAAGCUUCUGCUCAAUUGCGACCCUCCAGAGGAGCUUGGGCAGCUCUCAAAAGUUUCACAAAGCCUCGGAGAAGGCAGAAAUCCUCUUCACGGAAGAAUGUGUCCUCCGAUUCCCAGGUGCAUCUGGAGAUGGAUGCAGAGGAGAGCUGUGCACAAGGUCUCCCAAGGAAAAAGGCUGGCUCAGGGGUGAAGAUGCCCUGUGUGCGCUUCUUGAGAGGCAAGAAAAAGCCCAGCCCCUCAGAGGUGGUGGAAGAGUCGGAGGACAGUGUCCAAGCAAAUGAAGUAAUGGGCAUUUUGAAUAAAGCCAUUGAAGAGCUGGAGGACAUGGCCCCAGCAGAGUCUUGUGACAUGGCUGAGUCCAUCAGCCCGCUCCCUGCAGAGGACAUAGCCCCAGCAGAGCCCUGUGACAAGGCCGAGUCCCUCAGCCAGCUCCCUGCAGAGGACAUCCAUCUCCCUGCAGAGGACGUGGCCCCAGCAGAGCCCUGUGACAAGGCCGAGUCCAUCAGCCAUCUCCCUGCAGAAGACCAGGGCACGUCGGUGGAAGGUGCCAAUGCCGAUAGGAAGAGAGAGCCCUUGGCAGAGCCCAGGCCAGAUGUGGAUGAACACACAGAGUGCAUCACUCAGUCAGGAAUAACCAGUUUGGAGCCUGUUAAUGAGCCAGUGCAGGAAAACUUGCCUGAGGGGAGUCCGCACCACUCUGCAGCCCAAGUGGAAGAGAGGGAAGUCGCUCCUGAAGCACUGGUUUCCAUAGAUCAACCAAACAGCACCCUGGAAAUCACUGAGGUGCAGGAAAGAGCCACUAUCUGCAAGGAACUUCCUGAAAGAGAUGAGUUGGAAAGGAACGCUGAUCUUCCUGAGGUGUGCAAAUCUGAGGAGACCACAAUGGAUUUCAGUCCAUCAGUGUCUAAAGAUGAUGCAACAAGUGUGCAGAGCAGCUCCGGCCAUCAGGAGAAACCAGAAGUCAACAUUGGCACUGGUGUUGGCAUUGUCAUCACCGUCACCGAAGUCGUGGACUCUGAUGACGCCGAUUCUGAUCAAGCCUAUGAGCCAUCCCCAGUUUUACACCACAAUAAGCAAAAAGGAAAUAAAAAAUCCAGUGGGAGCUUUGAUUUUGGUCAAAAAGAGAGCCCUGGGGCUGGCAGUGGUGCUGUGGCAGAAGAGAAAAGUCUGGGUGACCAGGGGCACAGGACUUCAGAUCAGUACGAGUUGCUCCUCAUAGAAACGGCGUCUUCCCUCGUGAAGGCGGCCAUCCAGUCAUCCAUAGAGCAGCUGGUCAAUGAGAUGGCUCUGGAACAGAAUAAACACAACAGUUUUCUGUGAUGGUGACAAUGUCCCCAGAUUAGGGUGAUUCCAAGCUACUUUGGCCUGAGGAGGGGAGCAAGAGGGCUCUGGAGGCCACUGCAUAGUUAGCUAGCUCUGCAUGCCCGUGAAGUUGUGUGUGUGUUUAUGUGUAUGAAACUGGUCCUGGGGUAUGUGACAGGCCCUGCUGGGCACAGCGAGUCUACUAGGCCUGGGCAGGGGCUGCAGGAAAGUGCAAAUGUUGCAGUGUUUUCGUUUACUGGCAUCUUCACGUUGAGGCCAUGUUUCUGCUGUCUUCCACUCCUGACUUCCCUGCUGUUUAGUGGUGUAAAAAUUAAUGUGAAUUUAGGAGGAGGCCCUGUGGGCAGCAAGCAAUCUCCCACCAUUGGGUUCAGUUCAGUGUGUGUUGAACGCAGCUGGAGGUUUGCUCAGUGGGCACAAGGGAGGGAGAUGGGGCUGAGACGUGCAAUCAAUGGCUCCAAUGCCAAGCAGUUAGCAUUGCAUUCAGAGGCGUAGGAAACCAUGGUCUGAAGUCCCAUCAGAUGGAAAUGGGUGGAUGCAGUGAGCAGCAUGUUUUGGCCAGCCUGUGGCCCCAGCCUACUCCUCCGGCCUACUCUCCUGUCAGAAGCAGCCUGUGCAUCACCCAUCCCACUGCAGCACAGCAUCAGCUCACCUUGCUGACCUCGGGCUGCACCAACACCAAGAACACGCAUUCACUUUGUCUGCUGGGGGCCAUUGCACCGCUGAGCACAGCGGUCAGGAUUCCCUGUAGCGUAGUGAGGAGGGCCAGGCUGGAGCGUGCUGGCCAUGGGGAGCCCCUGGCCUUGCCUUCCUUUGUCUGCCAUUGUGAAUCUACCCUUGGAUAUGGUGUAUUUUUUUUUUAUAUGUGGCAUGUAAUACAAAUAGCAGUGCGCUGCAUGCAGUCAACUCUUGCCUUGGUGUUGAAAUAGCGUGGUAGCAGGGGUGUGCUGCAGGCUGUGGAAUUGCUCCAUGUUGGGAGGGGAUUUGGUUGCUGGGUUUGUCCAUGCGUCUGUCUGUCCCUUCACUUCACAGAGACCCCAGCAGAAAUCCCAGCUGACUCUGUGGCAGUCAGUCCAAAACACACCCUGAAGAGUGGAGCCAUCUCACCAAAGUCCUCAGGGAAAACCCAGACAUGAGGGCUGGGGACACUGCCAUAAAACACCUAGACAGGCCAACUGCUGUCAGCAAAAUACAAACUGCUCUGUUGAGGAGGUGUGCGUGCAGCGUGUGCACACGCAUGGUGCGUGCGGGCGUGCGUCGCCUCUCACUGCCAGCCCUCUGGAAGAAAGGGGCCUUUUGAUAAUUUGGGAUUGCAGCUGUGCAGUUGGGAUUUAUGCACUGCUGCGUGAAAGUCCGCCUUUUCUGCUGAGAAAGUUCUCCUGCCCCGUUCUCAGCCUGUACAGAAAUAGCAGCCUCCCCUGGCAACUGCUCAGUGACCACAGUGGGGACACGGAGGUUUUUCUGCUCGGCGCUGUUAGAACACCGGGGCUGACAGCUCCUAGAACCCGGUGCAUAACCAUGUUUUGGACUUUGAUAAAGGAUCUCCACUGUUAUGAGAGGAGUACCAGCAGUGAGUGCCACGGGAUCUUUCUGUGCACGUUCAAUUUGGGAAAAAUCAGACUGACUUCUUUUUUUUUUCUGUGAAUUUAUUUGACGUUAUCAAUAAUUCAGCGUGUAUAUUAAUGGCUUUGCACUUCCUCUUGUUCCUUUCAGGCACUUUGCCAUCAUUUUGAAAGGGGCUUUUUAAGGACUGUGCAUAGCUUCGGAGCUGCUGGGGCACCUGGGAGGAGCUGUGCUUGUGCUGGAGCUGUGCCAUGGGGCUGUGUGGACACCAGGAUGGGUCAGCGCCGAGGGAAGGGCUGCAGCAUAUCCAUGCCUUGGCUGCAGGGACACCCCUGGGCUCUCAGCAAGAGAUGCCAACCCCCCCCCGUUGUGGCCAGGCUGUUGUCUCCUAUCCAUGUGCUGAGCAGUUUGGGGAGGAUUUCAUGCUGCAUCAAAACAGGAAAUAGUCCAUUGUAGGAGGAGGCACUCCUUGCAAUGAAGAGAGAAGAGCAGCAAUGUGUGGAUCCAGCCCACAGCCUGCAGGACUGGCAGCUGCUCCAUGCCCAGGGCUGUGUUUGCAUCCUUUCCAUAGCUCUUCUCCCUCUGGUCCAGCUAUACAUGUAACUUGCAAUUAGUUCAUUAAAGUUGAGUGUACCUCUUGUUUUCUUGGCUUGUGAUUAACUGGGCAGAGAGAUUUUGCACCAGAGCUGAUAACCCCCCGUGCCAUCCAGUAACAUGCGGCAUUUCCAGGUGGCCAUAUGAUGAGCAGAGGCCUUAAUGUUAACAGACCUGAAAUGUUUUAAGACUCACUCCUCCUGUGUGUUUUUUGUUUGUUUGUUUGUUUUUAAUAAGGUUUUCUUCUGGUUGCUGCCCAGUCUUUUCCACUCACAGAUUCCGGAAAGCCCACAGACUCCAGCGGGUAUUUAUGAAGGAUCACAGAUCUCAUCUGGCUCAGAAGAGCAGCCCCUCUGCCCGUCCAUUGAAUUCACCAUUGGAUGAGCUGCUCUGCCAGUGGAACAGACUGCAGAGUGCAAGCCCCCAGCAUGGGGAGCACCUAAGGACUUGAGGCACUUUAUAGCAUAUAAAAAAGUUGGAAAAAGUAGACAUUUUAAAUAGUAUUAACACUAGUUAUUCUUUCAGGUUUGCAGAACAAAACACGGACUUCUAACGGCUGUUAAUGACUUAAUUAAGACUCUCUUCUCCCCCAUUAUGAAGAGAGAGUUGGACAUCAACAAAACAUAGGAACUGUAUUCUUUGGGAGCAGAGAUGUUCAGAGAAACAUGUGGCUGCUUGGCUGUGCAAGAGCUCUGGAGUGGGUUUGGGACUGUUUUCCUCCUCACAUCUGUAAGAAACAGGCACAGUGCGUACCCUGCACCUUCUCCGGCCGGUUGGGUUUGCCUCUGGGCCAUCUGCCUCCUCGUCACCCUGCUGCCCGUCUUGGAUACAGAAGUGUUGCUUUGUAGCUGCAUCGUAAUGAAUUAAUUUGUUCUCCUGCUCACCCCGCAGUCUGCGCUGCCUCUUUCCCAGAUGUUUCCAGCACUCCUCUUGGCAGGGAUCGCUCAGCUUUCUGUUCAACAAGUCCCCUGCCCAUGCUUUGCCCAGGGGGCACCGCAGUGUGCAGUGAGGGCCCAUCUGCUGCUGGAGGGACUACAGCAACUGGGAACCCAGCACUGGAAUUUAAGAUGCUUUCCCCACAGAAAUGAUGGAUGUUUUCGUACAUGUGCUUACGUCAAAUGAAAAUCCAAGAGAUAUGUCACACGUACGUGGAAUAAAUUAGGCAAGCUCGUGCAAAACAUGGGAAUUCUGUGCUUGGGAGUGAUGGGUGGAAGUGGGACGCUGCUGGUGGACCCAGCAAAGCCCUCCCAUCGCUUGUCCUGUCCACAGAGGACUUCAACGUCUGUAACUCAAAAUAAUGAAACGCUCCAAGGGAACAGAUUGAUUUAAAUAAUUGGCUUCAGUAUUCUUUUACAUCCGCAGUUUCAUUUCCCAGAGAAAUGGUUCUUGUUAGCUCUUGUUGGGUGGUAUUACAAUAAUGAAGUAUUUUAAUUUGCAGCCAGAUAAAAUCUUUACAUUAAAUGUGUUUUUGUUUAACUAA